CAACGAUUAAGACAGUAACGAAACUUUACUUCGAAAAAGAUGGAAACGAAAAAAUACUUAGGAAUAUAUCUCCUUAUUGUGACUUCUGCAUACGCAGUAGCAAGUCCAGCCACUCUUAACUGCAAUGGAAAACAAAAAAUAUGCGUUGGGCCAAUGGCCCUUAAGGAAUGUGAAUUUGACCCGGAAGGAACAUCGUCAUUCGCAAAAGUUGGACCCUCUACACCAUGUAUAGAAAACUCACUGUGCAUGAGUGUUGGUGAUACAGUAACUUGUACUCCAUUUGAUCAAGAAAGUACACCAAUUUCGGUAGGAGUAACUGAAGGACAAAUUCAAACAACUUCAUCUGUUGCGCCUGCUGGUGAAGAACCGAUAACCGAUGGCCCAACUACAAUAUUGAGCACUCUUACGCCGAUCGUCGAUGAAACAACAGUUGAUUUAUUGAAAGUCAUAGUAAAUGAACCAAGUACACCAGUCACCGUUGAAUCAAUUCCAAUCUCAAAUGAAGCAAGUGCACCUGUAACUGUUGAAUCAGGAACCAUCACAGAUGAGCCAAGUUCAUCUGUCCCCGUUAAACCUGGAAUUUCUGAGCCAACUGCUGACCCCAUUGAAGUAUAUAUUGCUGAAGUUCAGAUAACAGAUCAGCCAUCAGCUCCAACAGGCUUUAUCGAAGCUGAACCAAGUUCAAUAAUUGCUACUGAAUCACUUCCCAUCGCAUCCGAACCAAAGGUACAAGUCAUCGUUGAAUCAGGACCAAGUGCAGCUGAACCAAGUGCACCAGUCGGCCCUGAGACAGGCCCAACCGUAGCUGAACCAAGUUCAACAAUCGCUACUGAAUCAGCCCCAAUCGCAUCCGAACCAAAUGUACAAGUCACCGUUGAAUCAGGACCAAUUGCAGCUGAACCAAGUUCACCAAUCGCUACUGAAUCAGUCCCAAUCGCUUCUGAACCAAAUGUACCAGUCAUCUCUGAAACAGGCCCAAUCGCCACUGAAGGAAGUUCACCAAUCGUUACUGAAUCAGCCCCAAUUGUAGCCGAACCAAGUUCACCAAUCGCUAUUGAAUCCGCACUAAUCGCAUCCGAACCAAAUGUACAAGUCACCGUUGAAUCAGGACCAAUUGCAGCUGACCCAAGUGCACCAAACAACGCUGAAUCUGGUCAAGUUGAAGUUAAUGAAAAUGCACCAGUCACGGUUGAAUCAGUCCCACUCACAUCCGAACCAAAUGUACAAGUCACCGUCGAAUCAGGACCAAUUGCAGCUGAACCAAGUGCAAUAGUCACCCCUGAAUCAGUUCCAAUUGCUUCUGAACCAAAUGCACCAAUCGCCACUGAAACAGGCCCAACCGUAGCUGAACCAAGUUCAACAAUCGCUACUGAAUCAGCCCCAAUCGCAUCCGAACCAAAUGUACAAGUCACCGUUGAAUCAGGACCAAUUGCAGCUGACCCAAGUGCACCAGUCAACGCUGAAUCUGGUCCAGUUGAAGUUAUUGAAAAUGCACCAGUCACGGUUGAAUCAGUCCCACUCACAUAUGAACCAAAUGUACAAGUCACCGUCGAAUCAGGACCAAUUGCAGCUGAACCAAGUGCAAUAGUCACCCCUGAAUCAGUUCCAAUUGCUUCUGAACCAAAUGCACCAGUCGCUGCUGAAACAGGACCAACCGUAGAUGAACCAAGUUCAAUAAUCGCUACUGAAUCAGCCCCAAUCGCAUCCGAACCAAAUGUACAAGUCACCGUUGAAUCAGCACCAAUUGCAGCUGAUUCAGUCCCAAUUGCAUCCGAAUCAAAUGUACAAGUCACCGUUGAAACGAGCCCAGUUCCAGUUGAACCAAAUGCACCAGUCACCGCUGAAUCAGUCCCAAUCGAAGCUGAAGCAAGUUCAACAAUCGGUACUGAAUCCGUCUCAAUCACAUCCGAACCAAAUGUACAAGUAACUGUUCAAACGGGCCCAAUUCCAGCUGAUCCAAGUGCACCAGUCAACGCUGAAUCUGGUCCACUUGCAGUUGAUAAAAAUGCAAUAGUCACCGUUGAAUCAGGUACAGUUGAACCAAAUGCACCCGUAACCGCUGAAACAAUCCCUAUCGCAGCUGAACCAAGUUCACCAAACGCUACUGAAUCAGUAUCAAUCGCAGCUGAACCAAGUUCAACAAUCGCUACUGAAUCCGUCUCAAUCGCAUCCGAAUCAAAUGUACAAGUGAACAUUGAAUUAGGACCAAUUGCAGCUAAACCAAGUGCACCAGUCACCCCUGAAUCAGUCCCAAUCGCUUCUGAAACAAAUGAACUAGUCACCACUGAAACAGGCCCUAUCGCAGCUGAACCAAGUUCAACAAUCGCUACUGAAUCAGUUUCAAUCGCAGCUGAACCAAGUUCAACAAUCGCUACUGAAUCCGUCUCAAUCGCAUCCGAAUCAAAUGUACAAGUCACCGUUGAAUCAGGACCAAUUGCAGCUGAAUCAGUCCCAAUUGCAUCCGAAUCAAAUGUACAAGUCACCGUUGAAACGAGCCCAGUUCCAGUUGAACCAAAUGCACCAGUCACCGCUGAAUCAGUCCCAAUCGAAGCUGAAGCAAGUUCACCAAUCGCUAUCGAAUCCGCACUAAUCGCAUCCGAACCAAAUGUACAAGUCACAGUUGAAUCGGGACCAAUUGCAGCUGAACCAAGUGCAAUAGUCACCCCUGAAUCAGUUCCAAUUGCUUCUGAACCCAAUGCACCAGUCGCCGCUGAAACAGACCCGACCGUAGCUGAACCAAGUUCAACAAUUGCUAAUGAAUCAGCCCCAAUCGCAUCCGAACCAAAUCUACAAGUCAACAUUGAAUCAGGACGAAUUGCUACUGAAGCAAGUUCACCAAUCGUUACUGAAUCAGUCCCAAUCGCAUCCGAAUCAAAUGUACAAGUCACCGUUGAAACGAGCCCAAUUCCAACUGACCCAAGUGCACCAGUCAACGCUGAAUCUGGUCCACUUGCAGUUGAUGAAAAUGCACCAGUCACCGUUUCAUCAGGCGCAGCUCAACCAAAUGCACCCGUAACCGCUGAAACAAGCCCUAACGCAGCUGAACCAAAUUCACCAAUCGCUACUGAAUCAGUACCAAUCGCAUCCGAACCAAAUGUACAAGUGAACGUUGAAUUAGGACCAAUUGCAGCUAAACCAAGUUCACCAGUCACCCCUGAAUCAGUCCCAAUCGCUUCUGAAACAAAUGAACUAGUCACCGCUGAAACAGGCCCUAUCGAAGCUGAACCAAGUUCAACAAUCGCUACUGAAUCAGUUUCAAUCGCAGCUGAACCAAGUUCAACAAUCGCUACUGAAUCCGUCUCAAUCGCAUCCGAAUCAAAUGUACAAGUCAACGUUGAAUUAGCACCAAUUGCAGCUAAACCAAGUGCACCAGUCACCCCUGAAUCAGUCCCAAUCGCUUCUGAAACAAAUGAACCAGUCACCGCUGAAACAGGCCCUAUCGCUGCUGAACCAAGUUCACCAAUCGCUACGGAAUCAGUCCCAAUUGCAUCCGAAUCAAAUGUACAAGUCACCGUUGAGACGAACCUAAUUUCAGCUGACCCAAGUGCACCAGUCAACGCUGAAUCUGGUCCAAUUGCAGUUGAUGAAAAUGCACCAGUCACCGUUUCAUCAGGCGCAGCUCAACCAAAUGCACCCGUAACCGCUGAAACAAGCCCUAACGCAGCUGAACCAAAUUCACCAAUCGCUACUGAAUCAGUACCAAUCGCAUCCGAACCAAAUGUACAAGUCACUGUUCAAACGGGCCCAAUUCCAGCUGACCCAAGUGCACCAGUCAACCCUAAAUCUGGUCCAAUUGCAGUUGAUGAAAAUGCAGCAGUCACCGUUGAAUCAGCGGCAAUUGUACCAAAUGCACCAGUCACCGCUGAAUCAGUCCCAAUCGAAGCUGAAGCAAGUUCGACAAUCGCUACUGAAUCCGUCUCAAUCGCAUCCGAACCAAAUGUACAAGUCAACGUUGAAUUAGGACCAAUUGCAGCUAAACCAAGUGCACCAGUCACCACUGAAUCAGUCCCAAUCGCUUCAGAAACAAAUACACCAGUCGCCUCUGAAACAGGCCCAAUCGUAGCUGAACCAAGUUCACCAAUCGAUACUGAAUCAGUCCCAAUCGCAUCCGAACCAAAUGUACAAGUCACCGUUCAAACGGGCCCAAUUCCAGCUUACCCAAGUGCACCAGUCAACGCUGAAACUGGUCCAAUUGCAGUUGAUGAAAAUGCACCAGUUACCGUUGAAUCAGGUGCAGCUGAGCCAAAUGCACCCGUCACUUCUGAAACAGGCCCUAUCGCAGCUGAACCAAAUGCACCAGUCACUGCUGAUUCAGGCCCAAUCGAUUCUGAACCAAAUGCACCAGUUACCGCUGGUUCAGAAAUCCUUGAGUCAAAUGCUGCCGCUGUAUCUACUGUUGUUAUACAAAUAACAGAUGAACCAUCUGUUCCAACAAGUGGUCCAAUUGAAUCUACUUCGAACCCAAGCUCAUCAGUCACUACUGCAUCAAGACCAAUCGCAGCUGGGCCAAGUUCACCAAUCGCUACUGAAUCAGUCUCAAUCGUAUCCGAACCAAAUGCACCAGUCGCCGCUGAAACAGUUCCAAUUCCAGUUGAACCAAGUGCACCAGUCACUGCUGGUUCAGGAACAAUCGAUUCUGAACCAAAUGUACCAGUUACCACUGGGUCAGAAAUCAUUGAUGCAAAUGCUGCCGCUAUAUAUAAUGUUGAAGUACAAACAACAGAUGAGCAAUCAGUUCCAACUAGCAGCCCAACCGAAUCUACUUCUAACCCAAGCUCAUCACUCACAACUGCAUCAAGACCAAUCGCAGCUCAACCAAGUGUACCAAUCGCUACUGAAUCGGGACCAAUCGCAGCUGAACCAAGUUCACCAAUCGCUACUGAAUCAGUCUCAAUCUUAUCCGAACCAAAUUCACCAGUCAGCGCUGAAACAGGCCCUAUCGCAUCCAACCCAAAUGUACAAGUUACCGUUGAAUCACGACCAAUUGCAGCUGAACCAAAUGCACCAGUCGCCGCUGGAACAAGUCCAAUUGCAGCUGAACCAAGUUCAGCAAUCGCUACUGAAUCAGGAUCAAUCACAGCUGAACCAAAUUCACCAAUCGCUACUGAACCAGUUCCAACAGCAUCCGAACCAAAUUUACAAGUAACCGUUGAAACGGGCCCAAUUCCAGCUGAACCAAUUGUAUCAGUCAACGCUGGAUCAGGCCCAAUUGUUUCUGAACCAAAUAAACCAGUUGCCACUGGAUCAGAAAUCCAUGAGUCAAAUGCUGCCGCUGUAUCUACUGUUGUUGUACAAAUAACAGAUAUACCAUCAGUGCCAACAAGUGGCCCAAUUGAAUCGACUUCGGACCCAAGCUCAUCAGUCACCAAUGCUUCAGGCCCAAUCGCAGCUAAACCAAGUUCACCAGUCGCUUCUGAUUUAGGUCCAAUUUCCGCUGAACCAAAUGCACCAAUCACCACUGGGUCAGAAAUUCUUAACGCAAAUGCUGCCGCUGUGCCUAACGUUGAAAUUCAAGUAACAGAUGAGACAUCAGCUCCAACUAAUACCUCUUCCAACCCCAGUCCAGCUGCUCCAGUCACCAAUGAAUCAGGUCCAAUCGCUACUGAAAUAAAUGCACCAACCAACUCGGAGUCAGGCCCUUCUUCUGAACCAAAUCCUCAGGUUGUCUUUACGAAGGUCAUCAAUCCAGUACAAAGCAAUGGUGUUCCAGUUAGUACAACAAGUGCACCAAUUGCCAGCGAAUCAAUUGUUCCUGAGGUUUCCUCUUCCUUAGACGGAACAUCUGUUGAUCAAGUCCAAAUAACAGAUCUUCCAGCUACUUCAACUGCUGAUCAAGUUCGUUCCGAUGGAGGACCAAUAACAUCAGACCAAAAUGAUUCCACAACCCCCACUGGAUUACAAACUCCCCAGGUUGUCUUUACUAAAGUAAUCAAUCCAGAACAAACUACAGAUCUUCCAGUUGUUUCAAUAAGUGGACCAAUUGCCCCCGAAUCUGUUGUGCCUGAGGUGAGCUCUGCCUCAGUAGGAACUUCUAUUGAUCAAGUUCAAAUAACAGACCUUCCAGCUGUUUCAACUAGUGGUCAACCUAAUUCCAAUAGUGGAUCAUUACCAUCACAAACACCCCAAGUGAUCUUCAACAAAGUUAUCAAUCCAGUAGAAACCACAGUUGUUGGGUCUUCUGACUCUGCUAAUGCAGUUGCUUCAUCUUCCGGCCAGGAUGUUACAACACCUACAAGUAAACCAUGUAAUGAUGGUCCUUGGUGGUGGCCCUUCAGCUCUAUUGGUCCAUGUCCUGUAGACCAAUCUUCUAAAACAAAUGUUUCGAAUCUACCUGGAUGGCUGCGAAGAACUUCCGAAUCAGAAGAGUCUAAUGAAGAAAAGUCAGAAUAUCCUGCUAACCUUCCACUUAUUCCUAGAGAAUCCUCUACAGAGCUCUCGAGUUCGGCUGUGCCCGUUCGAGAUGUUCUUGUAUUCAGUCGUCUUCCAGUAACUGGAAAGCCUGAUUUAAAAAAAUCAAAAGAUAGUAACGAAGCUUCAGAAGAAGACGAGGAGGACGACGAGAAAUCAUCCAAGAAUAAAUCCAGUGAAAAAUCGUCAGAAUCUAACAAAAAGAAGGAAAAAUCAAAAAAGAAGAAAAACCACGAUGAUUCUAACGAAAGUAAGGAAGAAAAGUUAAAGCAAAAAAAGAAGAAGGACAGUAGCCAAAGCGAUGACGAAAGUAAGGAAUUAAAAAAGAAGAAAAACAAGAAGAGUGAAGAAGAUAAUAACUCCAACGAAAGCAUCGAAAUACUAAAAAAAAAGUCAAAGAAGAAGAACAGCAGUAACAGCGAUGAAGACAAUAAAUCAGUUGAAAGCGCUGAGCAAAAGAAGAAUAAAAAGAAACAAAAAUCCAAAAAGAACAGCGAUGAAGAUAAAUCAUCAUCUGAAAGCAAUGACAAGAAGGAGAAGAAAUCGAAAAAGAAGAAUAAAAAUGAAAGUGAAGAAAGUAAUAGCGGCGAAGAAGAGAAUAAAUCCUCGAGUAAACAUCAAAACCAUCGUCACCAUCACCGACAUUAAUCUUAGAGAUGUAGCUUCUUUAGCUCGAGACUAAAUAUUUGGAAGUCUAUAGGAUCAAAUCAAAUGCCAAUACGAAAAACAAAUCGAAGAAAAAUUUUAUUUUUUUUAUAAUUAAUAGAGAAUUAUUGAUAUUUUAGUAACAUUGGUGUUAUUUUAUUAAAUAAAUCAAAAUCAGCAAUUAAGCGACAGUCUUAAAUUUUAA